AUGAUUCUAACGGAUUUUAGGUUUCGUGUUCUUCCGUUUGUGAAUAGAUAUGUGGCUUUCUUCCAAGUGGGACAUCACAUUAUCGAGGGAAAAGAAGUGAAACUGGAGAAUCCUUUUGUUGUAUUAAGAAAAAAUGAGCAGGGUUCGAAUGUGGUGCCGAUUAUGGCUGUGAUUAGGAAGAAACUGCUGUUCCGCACUCGCCCCAAACCAAUAUAA